GGAGUCAAAGUAUCUACAGUAACUCUCUUGAUAUAAACAUACUAAAUUCUGAAUCUUUCGUGUAAUUCAUUGCAAAACUCAAAUACAAACUAGCUAAAAUGGCAUCUACAAAACCUUGCAAGACCAAGGUUCAAGACAAGGUUGCUAUCGUCACGGGAGGUGCCAGUGGCAUAGGCGAGGCCCCCGUGCUUGCCUUUGCUGAAAACGGCGCACGAGCAGUCGUGAUCGCAGAUAUUCAAGAUGAAAAAGGCCAAAAGCUUGUAGAAUCCAGCGGAACUAACACAUCCACUUACAUCCAUUGUGAUGUAACUGACGAAAACCAAGUCAGAUCCCUUGUGGAAUCCACUGUUCAACUUUAUGGUCACCUUGACGUGAUAUUCUGCAAUGCAGGCAUUGCAAGCUUUGGUAAGCAAAAUGUUCUUGACUUCGACCUGGACUCGAGCGACAAACUCUUUGCAGUAAACGUGCGUGGCACAGCAGCAUGCCUAAAGCACGCGGCGCGUGCCAUGGUGGACGGCGGUGUAAAGGGCAGCGUCAUUUGCACAUCAAGCGCCGCUGCUACUCUUGCAGGGGUCAGGUUCACAGAUUAUAUCAUGUCCAAGAGCGGGGGUUUGGCACUGAUGAAAUGUGCAAGUUAUCAGUUGGGUGAGCAUGGGAUAAGAGUCAACUGUGUGUCGCCAGGACCGGUGGCUACACCUCUCGCAUGCAAGACAUUCGAAAUGGAAGUAGAGGAGGUGGAGAAGGCUUUUCAGUCGUCUUAUUACUUGAAAGGUGUGUUGACAACGAAGCACGUAGCUGACGCAGUGCUGUUUCUUGCUUCUGAUGAUUCUGAGUUUGUGACUGGCCAGAAUCUGAUCGUCGAUGGCGGGUUUAAUUUUCAAGGUAUUCCCAAAAUAAAAUGAUCCAUGGUGUCGGAUUUAGUUCUUCAUGGAUUAAUCCGUUGAGAAAUUUAUGUACUAUUAAGUGAUCCACCUGAUCUUCCAAAUAAUUCUUUCAAUGACUU